AUGAAAGGGUUACAAGUGAACAUACCUUUCCUCCAUGCCAUGGCACAAAUGCCAACUUAUGCAAAGUAUUUGAAAGAACUUCUUACCAACAAGGCAAAGCUUGAAGAAGCAACCGUUUCUCUUCCUAUGGAAGUGAGUGCUAUCAUUCAAAACAAGCUUCUAGAAAAGCAUAGUGAUCCGGGUAGCUUCUCAAUACCAGUGAAGAUUGGUGAUCUUGAGCCAAAGAAUGCCCUUUGUGAUCUUGGGGCAAGUGUUAGCCUUAUGCUCUCUAUGGCUCAAAGGCUAAAUAUUGGGGGAAUGAAGCCUACAUGGAUGUCACUUCAACUAGCCGACCAUUCGGUUAAAACACCCUUGGGAUUUUUGGAAGAUGUCCCGGUCCAAGUUGGAAGAGUUUUUGUGCCUUGUGAUUUUGUCAUUAUGGAGAUGGAAGAAGACUCCAAGGUUCCUCUCAUUCUAGGAAGGCCUUUCCUUUCUACGGUGGGAUCGAGUUGUUAUUGA